UUAUCGAUAUGCCGCUGGUCGGUGCCAAAAGUGUUAUCGCAGUUCAGUACGUCCGCGAUGACAUCAAGGAGCACAUCGCACCGGAGCUGAUACAGAUGGGAUCGUUUAGGUGGCGACACAUCGAUUCUGUCUCAAACUCGGUCUACACAAGAAAGGAGGAGAUCUGGUCGAAUCUCACCAACUACUAUGACAAUGUCCGAGCCCUCAUCGGGCCUCUAUGUUGGAUUGUACUAUACCGAAAGCACCAUGUCGGGUCUGCAGAUCCUCGUCCCAAGGAAACGUAGAACAUGCAUCCCUCUCGUCAAACUGAGAGAUAAGACUGAGCUUUCGUCUGAAGAAUGGAAGUGGGUGUGUUCGACUGCAUCUCUAGACUCGGAUCAACUGGCCAAAAACUGCGCUGUAUCGAAGGACGAUCCCAUGCACCACCUCAAGGUCGAAUUUGCACAUUCAACUGCAACUCUAUCGCGCCUCACGCAGCUCAAAUGGAAUCCCUCGGACUUGUACACAUUAGACACUAUGCAGGUCAUGAUGCAGAGCGCGAGUUCCCCUCAGCCAACUAUUCAGCUGGACUCGCAACAGCUCUUUUCUAUGUCCCCUGAGCUGUCAAAAUUAGACUUGACCCCAUCGCAUCAGGGUAUGGUGGCGAUGGAUCAGGAUCCUGUCUGGAAGAUGGAGCAUAUCGACGUAGCGACUGCCAAGGCGUUUCGGGUGAUUUUAUUCGUCAAGCCAACACGCCAUGCUACACAGCCCCAGGAGCAAUUCAAUCGUCAGCUGUUCGAGUUAUGCCCGUUCCCAAUCUUUGAUGCACUUCAUCACUCUGUCUUCAACACUGAGACGUACCAUCAGUUGCGGAGAAGUAUGCUACAUCUCACGAACGAGAUUAUGGAUCUGGAGUUCGAGCUGGAUCAGGAGAUGGAACAGGAGCUGGCCCAGCAAAAGGAGAGAGAACGAGCAGAGGCAGAAUCUUAUUCGGAUGACGAUGAGGAUGAUAUGGAUGAGUCGUCUUUGAUUGAAGACCUGGGCAUCAAAGGCGACUCACCGCCUCGUGUCAAAUAUCAUCAUCCUCGGCAUCGAUCUAGUUUCAUCGGAGACGAAGCAAUCCACGGAACAGGACGCCCCUCCCUCAAUUCACUUUUAGAGGCCCUUCAACAAUCUGUAGCCAUGACUUCAUCGGCGGUAUCGCUCGCUUCAUCCCUAUCUUCCACCGGAAACGAAACCCCUGAUAUUGUACCACAGGAUUAUUCAGCGGGUAGCAACCGUCCUAGAUCAAGGACGUCAGCCAUGGAGAACGAGAUGGGCCGCGGCAUAAUCAGUCCUCAAAGAAGGAGAGGAUCAAAGGCAUCUCAGGACAAGUCUUUAAUUGACGAGACCAUACGCGAGACACUCAGUGCCUUUAUGAACACGGCACGAGAUCAGGGCACCACUAAAACUGAGACGAUUAUGAGCGCCAAUCGAAACAAUGCCAGCAGCCUUAGUCUCGAAAGCACUAGCAGUAUCAGUAGCGCCAGCAGCGACGAAAGCAACAGCAACAGCAACAGAGGCCGAGAAGUCCAUUACGAGGAGCUGACGCGGCGUCCCUUCAGCGCCUGCACCGGCCGAAUGGAAAAUCGGUCAUUGUCGCAGGUUGUAUCAUUGCCUCGGCAUCGUCGCAGUUACAGUCUUGUUCAGGCUGCAGAUGUGCGGAUGGCGGCUCUUCCUGGAUUUGGAAGCAAGAGCUCGUCGCGACCUCGUACCAACAGCUAUUCGUCUUAUACAUAUCAUUCCACACAGCAUUCAUACUACCACCAUUACCAGCAUCAGCAGCCCGUCUAUCGGAACCGGUACCUCUCCAGCAAGAAUUACCCGCAUUAUUUAUCACAGAUUCAACAGCAUCAGCAGCAUCUCCGCCACCAUCCUCAUCAACAGCAGCAGCAGCAGAACCAGCAUUCUGAUGAUGAUUUAUUAUUUCCGGAUAACACGGAUCAGAUGAACCAAUUCCCACCCGAGCUGGCACGCUUGCAAAAGGAGCAGCAGGAACUUCAAGAACAGUGGCGGAUGAUUUCGUGGACACGCCAGUUGAAUGAAUGGGACCACGCACGCACGCUCAAGGCCCAGGGCAACCUGCUGGGAUACGGCAUGGGUAUAAACAUGGGUAUGAGUAUGAGUUCGGGGAUGGCCGUAAACAUGAGCAUGAGUAUCAACCCCUUAGAUGUGGAUGACAGUGCCGAGGUCGAAUCGUCUCCUGAACUUUAAGAACAACCUAAGCAGCUUCCUCAGCAGCAUCAAAAGGGUGGGAUCCAGAUCCCGUCGUCU